AUGGCUCUCAUAGACUACAAUCCUUUCGCAAAGCGCGAAGAGUUUACCCAAAAGAAUCUCAUUGCCUACAAGGUCCUCACGAUAGCCAGCUGGCUCUUGCUCGUCAUAUUUGGGGCAGUCUAUACCUUUGAGCGUCCUACCGACUGCAAACAUCACAGACAUUGUCACACAAUAUGGGGGCAGAACAAUCGCCAUCCGACAGGGUUCAGCGUCAACUCGGUGCUAACAAGCAUCUAUUGGGUCGUUGUCCUCAUCUUGCAGGCGCACUAUGUGCGAUUUCUUUGGAGUGCAGAGAAGAGCUACGUGACUAAUGCUGCCAAUGUGGGCUCGCAUUUCAUCCUGCACAAUCUUUUGUCCUUUGGCUUCAUCCUGCUUUGGGUUCGGUCGUAUUUCUGGCAGGGCGAACUCCUCCUCAUCGUGAACCUGUUCAACUUGACAGCUCUUUACUUUGGCCAUCCCACCACCCCCUUGAUCAUUCACAUCCCCAUCGUAUCCGCUCCAUUAGCCUGGAACUAUGUCGCAAUUUUCUGGAAUGGUGCGGUGAUGAUUCCCGGCGCUACCAGGUUGCCUGCACGGAUUGUCGCCAAUAUCUUUAUUUGGGGCAUUCUCAUGCUGGGUGCCUUCUUCCUUGCAGUCUUCAAGGACUAUACCAUGGGGUUUGAGUUGACGAUUCUCGCCUUAUCACUGGCUCUGGGCCAACUUGCAACCAAGGUCGUAGCUUUCCAGUGGAUCUUUGCUUUUAUCAUCGCUGGCAUCCUGUUCGUCCUGUCCCUGGCAGUGGGUGCUCCCAAACUCUUUGGAGCAGAUCGAAGCGCUCGACAUGAAGGUGUGAUUGUCAGUGAGGAUCGAGAACGGGCACCUCUUCUGGACGAUCAAUAA